UGCUGGGAUUAUAGGCGUGGCCCACCACACAUGGCCAAUUUCAUUCUUUUUAAUGGCUGCUUCUCAGUUCCCAGUUUUCCCCGACAUCUGCUCUGUAGUCUUUAACUCUGAUCCUUGUGCUAGAAGAAGGACAGAUGUCUGUCUAGGACCUGAUCUCUGCCCUCAUGAUUUGGUUUCAUGUGAUUAUUAUCCAUGCACCUUGUGGAUGUAUAUACAUUACUACCCUCCCCCUCAACACAUCCUUUCCCCUGUCACAGUUGCCUGUGUCCCUGGAGUGUUUCACAGUGCCUCCCGAAGACAACCUGGCCCUCCUUCAGCUCUACUUCCGGACCCUGGUUACUGGGGCGCUUCGUCCACAUUGGUGCCCCGUGCUCUAUGCUGUGGCUGUGGCUCAUGUCAAUAGCUUCAUCUUCUCUCAGGACCCACAGAGCUCAGAUGAGGUAAAAGCUGCCCGCAGGAGUAUGCUGCAGAAAACGUGGCUGCUGGCAGAUGAGGGUCUCCGGCAGCACCUCCUCCACUAUAAGCUUCCCAAUUCCACACUCCCAGAGGGCUUUGAGCUCUAUUCUCAGUUGCCCCCUCUGCGUCAGCACUACCUCCAGAGACUGACUUCAACGCUGCUCCAAAACGGGGUAUCAGACCUAGGAUAGUUGCUAUAGAUGGAAAGAUGGGUACAUUGUCCUGUAUCCAGCCUUUCAACAGAUGCCUAGCCAGACAAAGGACAUUGUGUCCUAACGGUAGGCAGGAGACCAAGGAGCAGAAAGCUUGCCUUCCUGGGAGCAGGUUGUUUGAGCUGUUUUGGAGCAGAAUGAGCCCUACCAUUCCAUCCUGAUACCUGGGGCUUCUGAAGGUCUGUGCUGGGAGUGAAGAGCGGCUUAGCUAUUUACCCCCUCUUUGGGGACAGGGCAAACUAAAUGCAUCCCUUCUUACCUAACUCCCAACCCCUGCCCCAGGCUAAGGUAUAUGAAUGCUAUAGUUGUACAUUAAAAUGUUUUUUAUCUCCCGGAAA